UCUCCAUUUUACCGAAGAGCUCCCCAUUGACAGCGGUUGGCGAGAAAGCGCCCAGAAAGAGCAGAAACCAGGCGAAAACCGAUUACAUUAUUGUUUAUUUACCGACCAAUUCGUUUGUUUACCUUUACCUCACCACGGGCCGGCAGAACAGCUGGCCUAGAACCGUUAUUUUUCGUUUUUUCGUCGUGACCUCGGGCCUAACCGGCUGUCAGUAUGGAUUUUUAGGCGUAAUGUGGCACCUGUAAUGCAAUGGCAAUGCAUCUUGCACGGCACAACCACCCGCGUACCUCCACCUCCACAGCUGCUCAGCUGUUGGCCUCCGAUACCCGCCAAGGUAUCCACGAGAGCCGGUCGUUCCCACCGCGACUGGACCGGCGAAAGAAGCAGGAGACGGGCCUGAGCUAGUCGCCCUUUAGCGUUAGCAUUAGCAUCGUUAGCUUUCAUUUUUGAUCCAUCGUCCAGUCUAACCGAGUCAAAAUGAAGCCUCAAGACAUCCUAUCCGGGAAGAGCAGUCUGUGGAUCUUCGGGUACGGGUCUCUGGUGUGGAAGCCCGAUUUCAAGUACAAGAGAAGCAGAGUGGGCUACAUCCAGGGCUACAAGAGGCGCUUCUGGCACGGUGACAACUUCCACCGGGGCAAUGACGAGUUGCCCGGAAGAGUGGUGACGCUCAUUGAAGACGAUGACGCGAGCACUUGGGGUGUGGCUUUCGAAGUCUCUGGCGCUCAGGCAGAAGAGUCUCUCAAAUACCUGAACGUGCGCGAGACUGUGUGCGGCGGCUACCUGACCAAGAUGGUGGACUUCUACCCCGAGGGUGAAGAGUCCAGUGCGGUGCCCGCUCUCGUCUACAUCGCCACCUCCGACAACCCGCUGUACCUCGGCCCGGCCAGCGCAGAGGAGAUCGGGGCACAGAUCGCGGUGUGCCAGGGCAAAAGCGGGCACAACCUGGAGUACCUGCUGCGGCUGGCGGAGUUCAUGAGGGAAAGCUGCCCGCACGUCGAAGAUGGGCAUCUGUUCGCCAUCGAAGCAGCAGCGCUCAGUGUGGUAGCCCUCCUGUUAGUCGCGCAGUAGCUGUUGGCAUUGGCAACGAGGAGGAAAGCAACAUGAGGCUUAACAUUCACAGCCAUUCAUCUGUUAUUUUGUUGUUUAGGUGUAUUAAGUUAUUUUUCCAGAGAACAAAAUUAUGGUUUGUCCAAAUUGACCCCCUGAACAAAAUGCAUUAAAACUACUAUUCACUGUUAAUUACGACUAUUUUAAAGAACAGCUUUAUCUGCAUGGCCUAGUGGUUUUACACAUGUUUUUAUUUUCAAAUUUUAAAAAAUCUGAUUGUAUGAUUUGGGCCCAAAACAUCGUCUUACUGUAACCUGGAGUUUGUCUAAUGCAUGACCAAGUUGUUGCAUAGUUCAGAUUCCGUCCAUGCAAACUUGAACUUUUACUGUGGUAUUUGAACAGAGUUUAUUUGCCAAAUGAUGCUUUUAUUUUAAGUUUCUGCAACUGUUGUCCAUUGUGAAAAAAUAAAAAAAAAUUGAAAAAUUA